AUGGCAAGCUAUGCGUCGCAAUCACUUCGCCCAUAUCUCCAAUGCGUCCGCUCUUCACUCAUAGCAGCCCUGUCACUCUCGAACUUUGCUUCUCAGGCGUCAGAACGGCACAAUGUUCCGGAGAUAGAAGCUGCAAGCUCUCCAGAAGUCCUCCUAAAUCCUUUAACGGUCUCCCGCAAUGAGAACGAGAAGGUCUUCAUCGAGCCCAGCGUCAACAGCACACGCGUCAGUAUAAAGAUCAAGCAAGCAGAUGAAAUCGAGAACAUAUUGGUGCAUAAAUUCACCAGGUUUCUAACUCAACGAGCCGAAGCUUUCUUUAUACUGCGGAGGAAACCUGUCAAGGGCUAUGAUAUUUCUUUCUUGAUCACAAAUGUCAACACAGAGGAAAUGUUGAAGCAUAAACUCGUUGACUUUAUAAUACAAUUCAUGGAGGAAGUCGAUAAGGAGAUCUCGGAGAUGAAGCUCUUUGUGAGUCGACCUCCUUCUCUUCCCAGCUUUCGAAUCCAAAAGGCGCAAACCGGCUUCGAAAAUAAAAUGGCAUACUAA